CGCGUCGGGGAGUCACGUGGUGCGCAUGUCGAAGGUCACGGCGCGCUCACAAUGGAGCUCUCGGAGUAUGUGCAGAGAGGCGUCCAGACGCUGGCGGAUCCCGGCUCCUUUGACUCCAACGCCUUCGCGCUUCUCCUCCGGGCGGCUUUCCAGAGCCUGCUGGACGCCCGGGCGGACGAGGCCGCGCUAGAUCACCCAGGCUUGAAACAUAUCGACCCAGUGGUCUUAAAGCAUUGUCAUGCGGCAGCUGCAACUUGCAUUCUGGAGGCAGGGAAGCACGGACUUGACAAAGCUACUCUAAGCACUUACCUUGAAGACUGUAAAUUUGACCAAGAUCGAAUAGAAAUAUUUUGUACGGAGUAUCAGAAUAAUAAGAAUUCUCUUGAAAUCCUACUGGGAAGUAUAGGCAGGUCUCUCCCUCAUAUAACUGAUGUUUCUUGGCGCUUGGAAUAUCAGAUAAAGACCAAUCAACUUCAUAAGAUGUACCGACCUGGAUAUUUGGUGACCUUAAAUGUAGAGAACAGUGAUUCCAGGUCCUCCCCAGAGAUUAGUUUUAGCUGCAGUAUGGAAGAGCUACAGCUGCCUCCAAGUUGGGUGCUUCCUUACUUGUAUCCCAAAAUUGUGACAUGAGCUGUACAUCUUUUAGGAUUUGGUGGGGAAACUUAAGGAUGCUUCAAAAAGCCUGGAAAGAGCAACUCAGUUGUAACUUGGGACCCCAGGAGCCCAGAGGAAAACCAGACGCGCCUUGCCUCCUGCAGGACCCUGCGAGCUGGAUGUCAUUUUCAGGAGAAAAAGAGCGUCCUUUUGAACUUACGCCACACAUCUAUUUUUGACACUUUUUUUACACAUGUGAAAUGGCUAAGAGGGAAACUCUCAGCAUUUGAAUUUUCAGUAUUAAGCAUGCAUCCCCUCUUUUUGAGCGAUCUCAAGCCCUAUCACAGUCUCGUACCCUGAAUAAAUAAGUGGUGUUCCCAAAGAA